UAUUUAGCGUAUGCCGUAGGUACUCUCUGCCUCUGUAGAGUAGAUGGCGCUGGUGUUUGUAACACUUUUCGUAAACCUUGACGUUGAUGUCGUGUGUGUCACGUGCUGAGGCGGAAGUGACGCCGUUUUGUUGUGUUUUGGGCACGCCACUUCUCUGACUGCCGGACCCAUGUGCGGGUCGCUGUCAGUGUCAGCCAAAUUUAACGUACUUGGGAUGCGGAACAUUAGUAACGUUUGAGCUCUUUAUGCGGCUGGCCUUUGUGCCUUUUACUACACCGCUUGAUUCUGGGAUCGUGAUUGCCUUGCAAUGCAAAUGUGUGGCAAUACAAGUCAAGUGAGACUUGAGAGUGUGAAAGUUUGAACCGGACUGAAGUCGUUAAGUAAUAUUGGUGCCGAAACUCGGGGAUUUCGAUUUGCUGGUUGCUCAUGUGACCAUGUCUGUUGAGGAGCUAAAAAGAGCUCGUGUCGCUGCUCGUGGAUGGCUGAAGAGAGCAGUAAUCAAGAUUGAUCAGGCUGUGGCCUCUGGCGCAGAUGAUGUUGAGCUCAACAGUAUUAUCAGUGAGUUCAAUCUGAGGCUUGGUAAUCUUGAUGCAGUGCAGCAGAAACUGGAGCUCUGUCUGGAUGAGUCUGAGUUGGAAGAAGACAUCUCGAGAGCAUCUGAGGUUCGUGAUGCUGCAUUGGAGUCACGCUUGCGAGCUCUGAGGUUUGUCGACAAAAGGUCUGCUAAAUCUUCGAAGCCAGGCAGAGAUUGAGCGACUGGAGCGGUCUCGAGUCCUGGAGGGCAGCUCUGUCCCUCUGGAUCUGGAGCAGAGACUGCCGGCUGCUCAGAAGAGGAAUGGACGUCGGCCCCAGCCGGCGUUUCAGCGCCGUCCACCUGCUUCAAGAGGACCUGCUCCUGCCGCAGCCUCUGUGCUGCACUCUGCUGCUGUGCCGGGUGACCAACCCGCACCUGCUCUUCAAGAAGCUACAAGAGUCGUCUCUACCUCGUCUGGUUGUGGUUUCUGCAGAAAACCACACCCCACAGAUAAGUGUCCUAAGAACUCCUGCUUUGGCUGGGUCGUCUCUGGUGCAGUGACCGAUGCGCAGUGCAGCGCCAGCCUGGUCUCCUGUCGCCUCCUCUGUCUGGGCGACCUGAGGGACACAGAGACCAGCUGUACGAGUCUGACCUCUGGUUCGGCGGACCUGCAUGGCUAAGGGCGCCACGAGUCUCGCCCGUCGACUGCAGGUUGUUUGUGACAACCGAGGAGCUGGCCGAGUCGGACACGGGCGAACGGGAGACCGCCACUGGUGAGCCGGAGUGCUCUGGUGAGCGCUUGCCAGGUCAGUGUGACGUGAUUGGCGCGGAGUCGUCACCGGCGGUGGCUCUUACUCUGGAGUCUCGCCCCGACUCGCCUACUUGCGGGAAUGUGUUCACUGUUGAGCGAUGGAGCACGUUGACGAAGGCCGUACGGGUAGCGGCGUGGGCGAGGCGUUUUGUGUGGAACGCGCGCCACCCUGACAGCCGCAACCUGUCACCUGAACUUUCGUACCGAGAGCUGUGUGUGGGUAAAGCUGACCUGAUACGACAGGCACAGCGUACUAGUUAUCCGCAAGAGUGUUCCGCGCUGGAACAGGGUAGGACUGUGUCCAAGAGUUCGCCUUUGUACAGGUUGUCGGCCUACCUGGCCGAGGACGGUCUCAUUCGCAUGAAGGGUCGUCUUCAGCUGUCCGACCUGUCAGUUGAGGAAAAGAACCCAAUCAUACUUCCAAAGUGUCAUCUAUCUCUAUUGAUCAUUCGCUUUCAGCAUAGGCUGAUGAGUCACGCCGGUGUCGGCACCUUGUUGUCUGCUUUGCGGCGCACGUACUGGAUCGUGUCUGCCCGCCGCAUUGCCCGGUCCGUGAAGCGCGAGUGCGUGGCGUGUCAGCGACAGGACUCACAGCCGUGCUGUGAGCCGGCUGGUCAGCUUCCCCGAGUUCGAGUGACAGAGUCAUCUCCCUUCUCUGUAACUGGCAUCGAUUUCGCGGGUCCGCUGUUCUCUGUUGAUCAGCCUGGGAAAAAGUACUAUAUCUGCCUCUUCACAUGCGCGACCACACGAGCUGUCCAUUUGGAGAUGACAGAUUCUCUGUCGUUGCCGGCUUUUAUUCUGGCCCUUCGACGGUUUGCGGCCAGACGUGGUUGGCCGGCCAUCAUCUUUUCUGACAAUGCUGCCUCCUUCAGAGCGUGUGCGGCUCGUCUGAAGGAAACGAUGGUGGACUCUGCUCCUGAGUGGAGAUUUAUUGUGCCCUCUGCUCCCUGGUACGGCGGCUGGUGGGAGCGGCUGGUUCGGUCCGUUAAGGUUGGAUUGCGCAAGGCUUUGGGUAAGCGGUGCCUAACUUUGACUGAACUUGAGACUGUUCUUCUGGAGAUAGAGUCGUGUAUAAACUCCCGACCUCUGACAUUUGUGAGUGAUGACGUCACCUGUGCCGAUCCGUUGACUCCCAAUCAUUUUCUGAUUGGCCGUGGCUCUGUGUUCAGUCCUGAUGUGAUUGAGGACCACGAGAACGUGUCUGUGAAGUCGCUCUACCAGCGUGAGUCUGUCCGCCGUGCUCGUCUGGAGCAGUUCUGGCAGGUGUGGAAGCGUGAGUAUGUGCGUAACCUCCCUGCUGCCGUUCCCCGAUUUAGUUCCCGAGGUGGUUUGCGGGUAGGAUCGGUGGUGAUGAUCCAAAAGGACAACCAGCCCCGUCUGAGGUGGCCUUGGGGAGUGGUAGAGCGGGUGCAUCCGGGUAGGGACGGUGUUGUGAGAAGUGUGGAUGUGCGCACCGCUAAGGGCAGUUACACGUGUGCUAUUCAGCGUCUGCACAAUCUUGAGGUAGUCGAUGACAGCCCUGAUGGCGUCCCUCCGCCCUGUGGCGGUUCCCGUGCGCCUCCAUGCGGUGCCGGCGCGGCGUUUGAUGUGCCUGGUGGUGUCUGUGAUGGUGUUGAGGCUCCAUCUGUUGGUCCGGCUGGUGAGGACCCAAGUGCGAGGGAGCCCGAGGUUCGUACUCGAUCGGGUCGCGUGUCUCGGCGCCCGCGGAGAUAUUAGUUAAGUUAAUGGCUUGUGUUUGUUUGCGCCAUGCGGUGUAUUGUUUGAUAUUUGUUCGUACCAUGAUGUUGAGUGCUCUCUGUCGCUGAGAGGCUCUCAAGGUGGGGAGUGUUGGAUAUUUAGCGUAUGCCGUAGGUACUCUCUGCCUCUGUAGAGUAGAUGGCGCUGGUGUUUGUAACACUUUUCGUAAACCUUGACGUUGAUGUCGUGUGUGUCACGUGCUGAGGCGGAAGUGACGCCGUUUUGUUGUGUUUUGGGCACGCCACUUCUCUGACUGCCGGACCCAUGUGCGGGUCGCUGUCAGUGUCAGCCAAAUUUAACGUACUUGGGAUGCGGAACAUUAGUAACGUUUGAGCUCUUUAUGCGGCUGGCCUUUGUGCCUUUUACUACACCGCUUGAUUCUGGGAUCGUGAUUGCCUUGCAAUGCAAAUGUGUGGCAAUACAAGUCAAGUGAGA